GCUUCCGGUGACCGGCGGGGGGGAGAGUGAAGAUGGCGGCGCUGGGCUUGCUGCGGGUCGCGGCCGCUGCCCUGGGCAGCUCGUCCCGGCCUCCCGGAGCCCUGCGGCGGCGGCUGGCGGCCGCGUCCCUGCUGCUGCUCCGGCCCGGCCCUGGUGCUGCAGUUCGCUACGGAAGUCAGGGGAAACAAAUGUUUGUUGUCAAGUCCAGUCAGUAUUAUGAUCGCCGGUUUUUGCAUCUCUUGAGGUUCUAUAUUUUAUUGACUGGAAUACCAAUAGCGGCGUUAAUCACUUUUGUCAAUAUUUUUAUUGGUGAUGCCGAACUUACAGAGAUUCCAGAGGAUUAUGUCCCGGAGCACUGGGAAUACUACAAGCAUCCCAUAACCAGGUGGAUUUCAAGAAGUCUCUAUGACCCACCUGAGAAGGGCUACGAGAAAAUGAUGGCCCUCAUUGCAAUUGAAGCUGAGAAAGCAGACCUGAGGCUUAAACAGCUGGAGGUGCGCCGGCUGAUGAGGGAGAGGGGAGACGGUGCCUGGUAUCAGUAUGAAACCUUGGAUAAGAAAUUAAUUGACAAUUCUCCAAAGUCCAGCCCAGAUUACUAAGUGGACAAAGAUUGCUGGAUGAUAAUAAUAUUCACCAACACCAAGAAUGUAUGAAGACAUUGUUCAAUAAAUUAUCAUGUGUCUGUUUGCAUUGUCA